AUUUCGAGCCCUAAUUCAGCUAUGGAGGGGAAGGGCGCGAAGCGACGAUUGGUUCAAGCGACGCUGUUUCCUCACAAGGAGCCUGCAAUUAAUGCCAGUGAAAACUGCGUCUCCGACAGAGAAGAUGCGGUGGUGGAAGAGGAGGAGGAGGAUGAGGAGUGGUGUGGCAGUAGCAAAAAGCGGAGGGGAACUAAAAGGAAGGGCAAUUCUAAGCUGAAAAAGACGCCCCGAGCUAAUGCGAAGAAGGAGAUAGAAAAUGGUAAAGAAACUCCAACAAAACAAGUUAAUGCUAGUGACUCCCCAGUUAUUCCUAAGUCGAGUUUUUUUGUGAAGGUCUCUGAGCAGCGUCAGCUGAAAAGGCAGCAAAACCAGCUUGUAUCUGCAGACUCCCCUGAAGAAAAUGGUGAUAUCUGUUCAGUCCCCAGCUUUGUUGCAAAUGGUAGGACUACUCCUCAAAAGAAGAAGCAGCAAUGUAAAUCAACCCCGAGGAAGGAAAAGAGUUCAAUUGCCAGCAAGAAGAUGAAAAGGGGCAAAAGAGAAUUACAAUUUGAUCACAUCCAAUUUGAUCUUCCAUCGGAUGAACAGCCUCUGCAAAAACUCCCUGAUCAAAGAUUGGAGGCAAAUUUGACAGCAGAGGAGAUGGAAAAAGGCAAAGAAACUCCAACAAAGCAAGUUAAUGUUGGUGAUCCCCCAGUUGUUCUCAAGUCGAGUUUCUUUCUGAAGGUCUCUGAGCAGCGUCAGCUGAAAAGGCAGCAAAACCAGCUGGUAUCUGCAGACUCCCCUGAAGAAAAGGGCGAUAUCUGUUCAGUUCCGAGCUCUGUUGCAAAUUGUACGACUACUCCUCAAAAGCAGAAGCAGCGGGGUAAAUCAACCCCAAGGAAGGAAAGGAGGAGUUCAACGCCCAGCAAGAAGAUGAGAAGUGGCAAAAGAGAAUUACAAUUUGAUCUUUCACCAGAUAAACAGCCUUUGCAAACGCUUCCUGAUCUGAGAUUGGAGGCAAAAUUGACAGCAGAGGAAAACACACGCAUGUUUUCUGGACGACAAAUUCAUCCCUUUUUUAUGUCAAGGAAAGGGGGGAAAACAAGUCAAUCGUUGACUGAUCCAGAAAGCAAUUGGUCCUCUAUUGGGAGAAAGGAAAAAGGUGUUGCUUUCAACCCUAUCCAUGUAUAUGAGAAUGUUCAGGACUAUCAUUCAACAUUCAAUUGGGGACAUUGGAUAUUUUCUGAAAGAAAUGCAACCAGUGAGCUGCAAUGCGGAAGCGCACCACUUUAUGAAGGAUCCAUGGCUUCCUUAAAUUUUGAUAACUCUAUGAAUGUCCCACUGUUAGCCCCAACAUCAUUACACCAAAACCAUCAUCAGUGUUCUGUACCACAAGAACAGGUUUCUAUUGUAGAUCAGGAUUUAAACUUGAUGCCAAAAUGUUCAGAGGAUGUGCCUGCUGGAUGUAUUGAAUCCGUAUUGCAGGAUCAUAAACAGGAAAGUAAUGGUUUUGCCAGCAAGAUUCACUUAGGUGGGAACUUGGAUCGCCAGCUUGAGGAGAAACUUCUCCAGGAAAGGAUCAUGUCUCAUUAUCAUGCGAGUCACAACCAGCCUGAGAAUUGCCUAUGGACGGACAAGUACCAGCCUCUGAAUGCCAAGCAGAUUUGUGGUAAUCCCGAAUCGGUGAACUUUUUACGGGAAUGGCUUCAUCUUUGGCACACAAGGGGUUCUCUGAUCAUUAGGGGUUGCACUGACGAAGUUAAUUCUACUCCAAAAGAUGAUGAUUUUGAUUAUCAGCAAACUGAUGAUGAUGGUGAAGAAAGCUUGAAGAAUGUUCUUUUAGUUACUGGACCUGUUGGGAGUGGGAAAUCUGCUGCCAUCUAUGCUUGUGCCAGAGAUCAAGGAUUUCAAAUUAUUGAGAUCAAUGCAUCAGACUGGCGUAGUGGAGCACUAGUGAAGCAAAAGUUCGGGGAGGCUGUUGAAUCUCAUUGGCUCCAACGCACAGUAGAAAAUGGAACAAGUACCGAAAAAAAAUCCUUAUCAAACUUCUUCAGGGCCGUUGACACUGAUAUGCAAUGCUCCAAUGAUGAAGUAAUUGAACUGAUACACUUGCCAGAUGAGGAGUCGGGGGAUGUAUAUUCAUCACCUAAGAAAUCAGUCAAUAAGAGACCUACUAAUUGUCAGAAUGAAGUGAAAACCUUGAUUCUUUUUGAAGAUGUGGAUGCUUCGAUUUCUGAAGAUCAUGGCUUUAUAUCUACUAUACAGCAACUUGCAGUGACUGCCAAAAGGCCUAUGAUAUUGACAAGCAAUAGUGGCAAACCUGCCCUCCCGAAAAGUUUGGACAAGUUGGAGUUAAAUUUUUCUCUCCCAUCAGUUGAGGAGCUACUUGGACUUGCCAAUAUGAUUUGUGCUGCAGAGAAAGCUGAAAUUCAUCCGUAUUUGCUUCAAAGAUUUGUCAAUCAUUGUCGAGGAGACAUCCGCAGAACUAUACUGCUACUCCAGUUCUGGUGUCAGGGUCAAACUCUUCGGACAGGGAAUGAUCAGCCAAUGACAUAUUGGCCAGUUCCGUUUGACCUUGAUGCUGGACAUCACAUUUUACCAAAAAUAAUACUUUGGGCUUGUCCUUCACGGCUCUCGGAGCUGGUGGAGGUAGAGAUUGCCAAGUCUUUGGCAUUGAUAAGGGAAACCGAAAGUGUCAUGGGUGAAAUUAAGGUUGAUGAGGUAAACUAUUAUAGCUCUGAAGAUAUACGUAUGCGAGAAAAUGAACAAGACCCUAUUGAGGUGAAGAAGGAGAAGAUGUUAAGCUUUCAGUCACUUGAUGAAGCAGAAUGUGCACCAUUUGAGGUUGAUCCAGAGCUUUUGGAUAUCUGUUGCUCUCCAGUCGCAUCGACUCAGAAAAAUAGCCGGAAAAGGGUUAAUACAGUUCUUUCCUCAGAUUCUGAAGAUGAAUUUGCAUGUGGAAACAUUCCUCUCACUUCAACUGGUGAAUUACAUGAGAUGAAAAACACUUUUCAUUGUUUAUCCACUGAAAUACAUCACAACCCAGCUGAGCCAGCCUUUCAAUUCAAAGUUGACAAUUUGGAAGAAAGUUGUUCUCGGCUUCCACAAAUUGUUGAUAAUUCCCUCGUGGAGGAUGCAAGCAGAUUACAUGACAUGUCAAUUGUUCCAGAAUCGACUUUUGUCCAUGAGACUGAGAUUAUCCAGGAAACAGAGUUAUUUUCCACAACUGUAACUUAUUGUAAUUUUUCCAAAGAAGCAGAAUCAAAUUGGGCAUUCCAAAACCAAGAUUCAAUGCCCGACCUCAAUACUGCUGCUGGUUCUCAGCUGGCUAAAUCUUUGCAUAUAUUCCCGAGUGACCUUGAAAUGGUAGGAAGCGAUUUUGUUGCUGUUACAGCUUCUGGAUGUCAAGAAGAGGUUGGGGAUUCUCUUUCAAAAUCUGAGCCAGAUGUUCCUAGAGAGUUUCAACUUUUGGAUGAAUGUAGUCGAGUGGAUAUCGUGAGGACAAUGAAAUCCCUAGGCUGUGCAGUAGCUGAUCGGAAAAUUGAUAUCAUGAAAGAAACAUGGAAAAGCCUUCAUAAUCAGUCUGGGAAUUUCAAAAAGUACGUCACUGCAGAAGAGAGAUCUACUUGUCAAGUUUUGAAAUUUUCACAUGGAAUGAGUAAUUUGAUCUCAGAGGCUGAUUUAUUACUUAAAGACUGCCAUACGUUAUUAUGUGAUUCUUUGUCGCCAUUGAUGAUUCCUAGUGAAAAAACACAUUCCUAUAAUUAUGACGAUAAUCAAUUGGAGAUUUCAUCAAUUCUAGCUCAGCAUGGAAUGUGCUACUACGCUAAAGAAAUUGCUUCGUUACAGUCAACAAUGGGAUGCCAAAACAAUUUGGAUUUGGCCUCAGAGAUGUUGUCGUCCUCAGCAAACUCAGUUGCAUUAGGCAAACUGGCUAGCCAGAACAGGAGAAAGGCCAAUAGAUCUAGUACAGAAACGACAGAAUGCUCUUAUAUUCUAAAAAGCAGUGAAUCAGACUUAGCCCUUGACGAUAUACUUCAUACUGCAGUCCCUUCAAGGUCAUACCUAGCUGCUAAGGGUAGUGCAUUUCAUGAAUACAUCUCAACAUUAGGCCAGAUUUCAAGAUAUGAAACCUCUCGUUUGUCCAACUCUGUCGACAAUAAGAGAAAGGGAAGAAGAGGUCGUGCCCCUCAGAACUAUUUGUGCGGUUCGUUAGCAAUGUCAUCAGAGGAAAUACAGUUGCUGGAUCGGCAUACCAGCUACGGAGAAGGUCAUCGUCUUGCUGGUGAUGGAAGUCUCAGAUAAUAAAUCUCAGGCAACAUUUAUUUGCAUAGUUAAAAGCAUGCUGAUUUCAAAGGGUUCUUGUUGAGGGAGGUUCAUUAAUUUUCAUAACCACAGGAGAUUUUGCUAAUUGUAGGUGUUUUUUUUGUUUAUUUUUUAGUUGGAAUUUUAGGCCCAGUUGUAGCAUUUUAAAAGGUAUAGUGAUCUAGCUCUUGUUCAAUUAAAUACGAUGGAAAGUAGCAAUAAAGGGUCAUAUUUAUAUGA